UUGUGGGCAUCUGCAUCACUAAACGGACAGGAAUGUGGGGUCGGAGAAGGAAGAGUUGGAGGAAGGAGGCAGGGAAAGAAGGAUGAGGAAGAGAGGGUGGAGAAAGAGGAGGAGGAGGAGGAGGAGGAGGAGAAGGCUUAUGUGUUGGCGGAGACGGAGGCGGAGGCGGAGCAGAGCAGUGUUGCAGGAGGUGGAGCUGCCGAUAACUCCAGUGAACAUCCUCAAAGCGCAGAUGAUGCAGGUUGCUCCCUCAACUCCCCAGUAGAUGCCGCCAUGAUUCGCCUCAACCACAUCUUACUUCCUCGCCUCAACUCGAUCAGUGAAACGAAGCAGUCACAUCGCGCAGUCAAAUGA